AUGUGCGCCAUUCUCCUGGGCAUCAGCGUCCUCUACUACACCAUGUCCUACGACGCCAGCAGCACGCUUGGCAGCACUGAAAGCAGUGGCAGCAGUGCAGUUGGUGGUAGUGAAAGCAGUGGCACCAGUGCAGUAGGUGGUAGUGAAAGCAGUGUCAGCAGUACAGUUGCUGGUAGUACACACGGGAGUUUCACUCCCGUGUGUACUACCACCAACUGCAGCAUCAUUGCGCAGACGCUGCAGUCUAAGCUAGACAAUAGCGUGGACCCGUGCCAAGACUUCUACCGCUAUGUGUGCGGCACCUUCAGUGAAUACAACCAGGUUGCCCAGCUUUCGCUCGAGAUUAGAGAGGCCACCUUGUCACAUCUCUACAUUACUACAGUCCCAUCCACUGGGCAGACUUCGUGGGAGAAAGCAGCUGGGCUGUUCAGGGCCUGCCUGUUUGUGGCACAUAAGAACCGCAGUCAGACCCCAGACCUGGUGAAGUGGAUGAGAUCUCUGAACCUGGACCUAAAAAAUAAGGCAAAGCUGGAAAUGGUAGAUGCUGUGGACAUGAUGAUGCGCUGCAGCCUUGACUUUGGAAUCCAGGUCAUCUUGUCGAUUACAUUCCAUAGUGCCUGGUUCAUCAAAGAUAAGCGAGCUAUGCAGCUCGGUUUCAGCGAAGAAGACGCAGCGUGGAUUUUCUCGCGCUACAGUGUACCCAAGAAGAAGAAAUUGGACGACUACAUCGAGCUACUCGGCCUCUAUGGCCUAACAAGCCCUGGCGAUAAACAACUUGCAGCCAAGAUCAUGGAAUACGAGAAGCAACUAGAAAGAACCAUCUUAAAGUCUGCUCCCCAUGAAGGCUCUAUUCUGCACCGAACCAUCAGUAGCAUGGGCGACAUGACGAAGCCAUACGUAACAGCAGAGAAGUGGUCUACCAUCUUUGCUACGUACACCAACCAAAUCUACAGCGGCAACGAUACUGUUGUGUACCAGGAAUACGUCUUGCCCGUUCUCGUAAACCUCAUCAAGUCGAAAGCUGUGGGGUACACAGGGCUUCGCCACCUGAUCACCUGGAGCAUGUUCCGGCAGAUGGUGCAAUACACGGAACCGAGGUACUUCGCGUCCAAAAAGGCCAUGACCGACGCCUGCUACGAUAGCGUCCUCAAGGUCAUGAAGCUGGCGGCCGUGAACCCUUACCUCCGAGCAACUGUCACCCCGGAAAUGCUCCUUGAGGCUGAAGAAAUGAUGCUCGCAAUCCUCACCGCCUUCCGAACGCUCCUGGUGUCAUCGACGUGGCUCAAGGGCACGGCGCGAGUGGCUGCAAUUCGAAAGCUGUUCUACUUGCAGUACCACAUUGGAGGCCCGAGCAGCCGACGCCAUGACGCCGCCCACGUAGAAGAGCUUUACGAGGUUGCCGCCUUCAGAUUCCCCGGCGUGGGCUCGGCGACCUUUGUCCUCGGAGUCACUGUGGCGGCAUUGAUUGUGGUGCUAGUGGACAGUUGA